AUCUAAACCGUGAAGGGAUCUUGGGGUCUUACACUGCGGCAUUAGACUAUGGCACUCCUCCUUCUGCCACAGCUGUAGAUAGAGACCUUACCACCGCUGCUCUCGCACAGGCCUCUAUUGCGGCUUCCAUCUCUGCGCGUGCACAGCAGCCCAGCCCAACCCCUCCCUGAGCUACUGCUGCUUUCACCGCUGCCACCUCCUCAGCUUAGGCGUCCACCGCCACCCAAGCAUCCGUGAGUCAUUUUCUGCCUUUCUCUGGUCUCGCGGUCUCAGCAGUAGUCACCAAGUUAAGAGGUUUGCAGGGUUGCAAAAUGGCAGAAGCGGAUCUUAAAGCGGUUUCGGAGCCUGCCGCCCAAAGGGUUGCUGAAGAGAAUAUGGCCAGCUCAUCUAGUGAUUCUGGGGAAGAAUCUGACAGCCAUAGCUCUAGCAGCAGCACUAGUUGCAGCAGCACAGGCAGCGGCCGCAGCCGCUUAUAUAGAAAGAGGAGGGUAUCUGGGCCUUCCAGAAGAGCACGACGGGCUCCGCUGGGUAAAAGUUUUGUUGAUCAGCUGCCUCACGCUGUUAGAAAUCGUGUGCAGGCGCUCAGAAAUAUUCAAGAUGAAUGUGACAAGGUAGACAUCUUGUUCUUAAAGGCAAUUCACGAUCUCGAAAGAAAAUAUGCCGAACUCAAUAAGCCUCUAUACGAUCGGCGAUUUCAAAUAAUCAAUGCAGAAUAUGAACCCACAGAAGAAGAAUAUGAAUGGAAUUCAGAGGAUGAGGUGUUCAGCAAUGAUGAGGAGAUGCAGGAAGACAGCCCUAGUGAAAUGCCUCCUUUAGAGGGUGAGGAAGAAGACGACGACCCUAAAGAAAAACCUGAGGUAAAGGCUGAAGAAAAUAAGAUUCCAAAUGAAAUUCCUGAGACAAAGGUUGAAGAAAAAUCAGAGUAUAAAGAUUUUCUGGGGGCAAAGCCUGAAGUGAAAGAAGACCCUAAAGUAGUCCCCCAGGCAAAGGCAGAAGAUAAAGAACCACCUAAAGCAACAGAAGCUAAGGCUCCUAAAGAGGCUCCUAAAAUAAUUCCUGAGGUCAGGCCUAAAGAAAGAGUGAAUCUUAAAAGAGCCCGUAAGGGAAAGCCUAAAAAAGAAGACCCUAAAGGCAUUCCUGACUAUUGGCUGACUGUUUUAAAGAAUGUUGACAAGCUUGGGCCCAUGAUUCAGAAAUAUGAUGCACCCAUUCUGAAGUUCUUGUCAGAUAUUAGCCUAAAGUUCUCAAAACCUGGCCAGCCUAUAAGUUACACAUUCGAAUUUUAUUUUCUACCCAAUCCAUACUUCAGAAAUGAGGUGCUGACCAAGACAUAUAUAAUAAAGUCAAAACCAGAUCACAAGGAUCCCUUCUUCUCUUGGGGAUGGGAAAUCCAGGAUUGCAAAGGCUGUAAAAUAGAUUGGAGAAGAGGAAAGGAUGUUACUGUGACAACCACCCAGAGUCGAACAACAGCUACUGGAGAAAUUGAGAUUCAGCCAAGAGUGGUUCCUAAUGCAUCAUUCUUCAAUUUCUUUAGCCCUCCUGAGAUUCCUAAGAUUGGAAAGCUGGAGCCACGAGAAGAUGCUAUCCUCAGUGAGGACUUUGAAAUUGGUCAAACUUUACAUGACAAUGUCAUCCUAAAAUCGAUCUAUUACUAUACAGGAGAAGUCAAAUAUAGCUAUGAAGAUGGGAAAGAUUAUGGAAACAGGAAAUACUGAAAAUUAAAAAGAAGCUGCCUGAAAGAAUUUUUAAGAAUCUCAAAACUUCAGGAAGAAGUGAAGCGGGUUUAUAUAGCCUUAGGCAAGAUGGGAGGGGGACUACUCUAAACCUCAACACUAGCAUUCCUUAUAAUCUUGUGUUUUUAUAUUUUCUUCAGUAGUCUGGAAAAUGGUCUUACAGUGUCUAAGUAUUAUUUUGUCUAGCCUGUUGUACUGUAAUAUUCUUCAAAUUAUGUAAAUGUCAGUUAUCUAAAGCAUGUUCAUUUUGUGCUACAGAGUUCUGAUUUUUGUGAAGUCCUUUUGUCAUGUUUCUAUUAGAAUGUAGCUGUGAAAACUCGUAAUUGUCAAUUGAGACAAAUAUUUGCUUGGAAAAAAAAACAGUUCCUGAAGUACCAACGCGAGGUUUUUUUUUUUUUACCAGCCCAGAAGACUAAAAGUUUAAGUCUGCUUGCACUAGCUGUGCCUUCAUUACUUUGCUAUAGAAAUACAGUACUUACAGUAACUAGAACAGCUUAACAGUGAAAUUUGACUGCUUAAAAAAAGAUUAGCAUACAUUUAAAAAUGUCCAUCAAGACCAUAUAUGAUAUGACUGUGAGCUUAUUUAUGUGACAUAGUGGUUUAUAAAUUAAUAAUAAAGUUAUUGUUUACCACUGAA